GAAAUGUGACAGUGUAGUUUUCCGCUUCCAUAAACAAGACGGCUGCCAGAGUUAGCCGCCAGUCAGUCCUGUGUGCCUCUGGGCUGAGUCUCCCUCUGAGAGAGACAGACAUACUGACAGAGAAAGUUAGCAAAGGACGAGAGAGGGAGAAAGUGAGAGAACAGGAAAGAGGGGAGGCAGAAACACAGGAAAAGCCAUCAGAAAGAAAAGAGAGACAGACAAGAAUUGACAGAAAAAGAGUAGAAGGGAGAAGAAGAGAGUAAAAGACAGACUGAACUGAGUCUCAGUCUGUCUUCUCCUCUGACAGGACAAAGUCAUGGCUGAGAAUAACACAAAUUUAUUUCUGGAAAUACUUCAGUCUUUUGAUGCUGUCCCUCUGAUCAUAGCUUUCUGUGUGUCCAUGGCGGUGGGCCUGGUCUUGGGGGCUGUGGUUUACGUGAUCUUGACCUGGAUGUCCCGACGGAGAGCGGGCUCUGCCAGCAUCACCCGCCGUCCUCCUCGCCAAUCACGCACGUCUUCCCGUAACCGUCCGGGCUUUAAUCGCAACAGCAGCUACGACCGGCGCAGCAACAACAGUUUGGUCAGUGCUGCCUUAAGCUUCCACCGCCAGACUUCCUCCCCAGACCACCUCGACCCACUGGGGCACAAAUCCAGCUUCAGGGCCUCCACCUUCCACCCUCUCCUCCAGUGCAGCCAAAUUGCGAGGGAGGCAGAGGAGGGGAGCCAGACCACGCUGCCUCGUACACCGACUUUGACCGCGUCAACUGGAUCAGCUCAAACAGCAGCCCAGCAAGCUGCCACCCCACCCAGACCCGAGUCAUUUUGGGGUAACAAUGGCCUGAGGGGUAUCCAUGCUACACAGACCCCACCUCCAGCUUAUGAGAGCAUUAUUAGAGCUUAUCAGGAAACAUGCACCUGAGGAGUGACAGCACGAGGCUGACUGUAACUAAAUGAGCCCAGAGUUGUAAAUGGAUUUACAAAUGAUAUUGGACUAAAUCUGUAGUGAUUUAUAUGACCAGGUGGAGCUGAGUGGAGCAAACAAGGACAUCAAGGUCAACUGUGGGCAUUCCUCAGCACAAUAACAACAACAGUCAGUUUCAAGAGUCAGUCUUUUGGUUUGUUAACAUAUAUAUAUCUCGGGGUGACAAAAGCAUACUUGCCUUUCAUCAUUUAAUACUGAUGUAAAAUUAAAAGAUCAUUUGACACUCUCAGCAAUAUGGCAAUGACUGCUUAUGAACAGAAAUCCUUCUUUAAACAUUAACAGUCUGUAUUUAGUGGUGAUCGACAAUCAUGUAUGCUUGCACAGAAUCUUUGUUUAAUUUAGACAAAAAUCUACAAAUAAAUACUGAUGACUGGGCAUUUAUGCUUCAAAGGAAGACUUCUCCUUUGCUGAUCACCUAAUAACUAUGCAAAAGAGAGAAUGAUUGUGUAUGUGCACCCCAAAGGAGGGCGAGUGUUUGUGUGUUAGCCUGUGAUUAAUAAACUGUAGAUGUUUGUCAGUGAUGCAUCAAUGCAAAACCUGGUGGAAAAAGCUUUAAACUCAUUUGAUGUUUUUAUUGCUGCCUCACACGUUAUUUUUUUUUUACAGAGCUGUGGUAUUGUGGGUGUGUCUGGCAUUUUAAGUAAUUAAGUGUGUCUGUCUGUGUAUUUACAUGUACAGUAUGUGUGAAUGAGAGAGAAGGAGACCGAAACGUGGGCAUUGUGAAGUUUUUGUAUUUUAUAUUUUAAUGUAAUUUACUGAACUUUUCUCAUAAGUUAAUGCAAUAAAAGCAAGAAUAACAAA